UGGGGACUUUAGUCGGUGGUUUGAUGGCAGUGCUCAAGGUGUGCUCGCCCCCAGCGGAUAGAAUCUACCGAAGUAUUUUUGACAUUCUCCCGUAUAUUAGCUGCGAUUCUUUGCGUCAUGUACUGCACUACUCGUCUGCUCAGAUACAUUCUGUGUGUCAUCAGCGGUAUUUGUGCUCUAGGGGGCUGUCUUCUCAUCUGGUACGGUGUCUGGUUGCUGGAGAGUCUAUCCGGUCAGCCUAAUGUCGUGGGUACGGGCGAGGAACUGGCCGCCAUAAUCUGCAUCCUCCUCGGAAGUGUCAUCCUAGUGGCGAGCAUCUUCGGAGCUGUGGCGGUGGCAAAGGACUCAAAAAGCCUUCUGAUAUGUUAUGCGGUUCUUUUGGUUUUCCUGCUGAUCGUGCAGUUUGUAAUAUUCAGCAUUAGUUUUGCUGCCAGUCGCGAGGCUCUGCCGGAUACUUUAAAGCAAGGAUUUGACGACCUGUGGGAUCUACAGCAUGUGGGCAACAGCACUCUAAACGCUUACGAGGAGUGGCUGCACUGCUGCGGUCGCAACAGCGCCGAGGACUAUCUGCACCUGGAGAAGGAUCCACCGCAAAGUUGCUGUCUGGAUCUGGACUGCACCAAGCCCCUGAAUCUUUUCAUGUCCGGCUGUGAGAUAAAAUACAAGCAAUAUGUUGCCGGGAAAACCGCCAACUUUCACUCUCUUAGUUGGUUCCUAAUACUUUUUGAGUUUGCUGGCUCUGUGACCACCUGCUACUUAGUGGAUAGUAUUCGAAACCAUCGCGACCGCAUACGAUUCUAUAAUUAAAUUAAGUUUUUAUUGUAUUCUCUAAAUGUAUUAUUGUUAUUUGUUGUGAGUAAUUUUCUAGACA